AUGUCUGACAUGGAAGAUGAUUUCAUGUGAGAUGAUGAGGAGGACUACGACCCGGAAUACUCUGAAGAUAGUAACUCCGAGCCAAAUGUGGAUUUGGAAAAUCAGUACUAUAAUUCCAAAGCGUUAAAGGAAGAUGACCCAAAAGCAGCAUUAAGCAGUUUCCAGAAGGUUUUGGAACUUGAAGGUGAAAAGGGAGAAUGGGGCUUUAAAGCACUGAAACAAAUGAUUAAGAUUAACUUCAAGUUGACAAACUUUCCAGAAAUGAUGAACAGAUAUAAACAACUAUUGACCUAUAUUCGAAGUGCAGUCACAAGAAAUUACUCUGAAAAAUCCAUUAAUUCUAUCCUUGAUUAUAUCUCCACUUCUAAACAGAAUUCUGAUUUUUUAUGUCAGAUGGAUUUACUGCAGGAAUUCUAUGAAACAACACUGGAAGCUUUAAAAGAUGCUAAGAAUGAUAGACUGUGGUUUAAAACAAACACAAAGCUUGGAAAAUUGUAUUUAGAACGGGAGGAAUAUGGAAAACUUCAAAAAAUUUUACGCCAGUUACAUCAGUCCUGCCAGACUGAUGAUGGAGAAGAUGACCUGAAAAAGGAUACACAGUUAUUAGAAAUAUAUGCUUUGGAAAUUCAAAUGUACACAGCACAGAAAAAUAACAAAAAACUUAAAGCAUUCUAUGAACAGUCACUUCACAUCAAGUCUGCCAUCCCUCACCCGCUGAUCAUGGGACUCAUUAGAGAAUGUGGUUGUAAAAUGCACUUGCGGGAUGGUGAAUUUGAAAAGGCACACACUGAUUUUUUUGAAGCCUUCAAGAAUUAUGAUGAAUCAGGAAGUCCAAGAAGAACCACUUGCUUAAAAUAUUUGGUCUUAGCAAAUAUGCUAAUGAAAUCGGGAAUAAAUCCAUUUGACUCACAGGAGGCCAAACCAUACAAAAAUGAUCCAGAAAUUCUCGCAAUGACGAAUUUAGUAAGUGCCUAUCAGAAUAAUGAUAUCACUGAAUUUGAAAAGAUUCUGAAAACAAAUCACAGCAACAUCAUGGAUGAUCCUUUCAUAAGGGAACACAUUGAAGAGCUUUUGCAAAACAUCAGAACACAAGUGCUCAUAAAAUUAAUUAAGCCUUACACAAGAAUACAUAUUCCUUUUAUUUUUAAGGAGUUAAACAUAGAUGUAGCUGAUGUGGAGAGCUUGCUGGUGCAGUGCUUAGUGGAUAACACUAUUCAUGGCCGAAUUGAUCAAGUCAACCAACUCCUUGAACUGGAUCAUCAGAAGAGGGGUGGUGCCUGAUAUACUGCACUAGAUAAAUGGACCAACCAACUAAAUUCUCUCAACCAGGCUGUAGUCAGUAAACUGGCUUAACAAAGAACAAGCUUUUACAGACAUACUUAAGGCAACAGUGCAGAGAUGUAAUUCUUAAGAACUGGGAAUGGCAAAACUACUGUCGGUUGAUGUGUCCUGAAAAUUAUUGGAGUUACGGCAGAAGUGCUUUUUUUGAUCAACUGGUUUGUGUUUUGCUGCUGCAUUUAUCCCAAGAAAAACAGCUUUAAU